AUGGCGCAGGUACAGCGGCCUCUGAUUAUUCAAUCCCAAGUCAUACGCCUGUGCUGCCCGCGCACAGCACGCAGAUGCAGCGGCGCCCUGUUUGCUCAAAGGCCGCGCCAUAGCAAGCUGCACACCAAGACGGUGACGGACCAGGACAUUUCGCAUCUGGCGAGCCUGCCGCUGCACCCGCUGACGCUCGCUGAUCUGGUAAAACACGGAAGGCCGCCUCUCACGACCGAACAGCUGCUCACUUCGGCCAACUUCACACUCUCCAUCCUGCCCGCCCGCCUCGCGCACCGCAUCCAGUCGCUCCGCAACCUCCCCUUUAUUGUCGUGUCGAAUCCCCAUGUCUCCAAGAUCCACUCCAACUACAUCCACAGCCUGUCGACGCUGCUGCCAUGGGCCGAGCAGGAAAUCACGACGCUCGAGGACGAGGUCAAGUUCACCGAGGUCAUGGCCGACCUGGUGCAGACACACGCCAACACCAUCAGCAUCCUGGCCCGCGGCUUUCUCGAGGCGCGAAAGUACAUCAGCCCCAAGCAGGUGACGCGCUUCCUCGACGAGCACCUGCGCGCCAGGAUAGGCACGCGGCUGAUUGCCGAGCAGCAUCUGUCGCUGCACUUUUCCAGCCAGCCGCACGCGGAGAUGAUGCACGAUGCAGACGACAGCCCGGGCUUCAUUGGCGUCAUUGAUACGCGCCUCAAGCCUGCGCGCAUCGUCGAUCACUGUGCCAACGUCGUGGGCGAGAUUUGUGAGCUCAAGUACGGCGUGCGCCCGACUGUCGUCAUCAACGGCGAGCCCGACUACGAGUUUGCCCACGUGCCUGUGCACCUCGAGUACAUCAUCACCGAGCUUCUCAAGAAUGCGUUCCGCGCAACCGUCGAAAGCGGCAUGCAGCGCGAGCCCAUCGAAGUCACCAUUGCCCCCCUGCCCGAGCUGCUGCCAGAAGACCAAGACGCCAGCUCAGAAAGCAUGCGCAACAAGAAGAUUGAUAACGACGACCAGGGAAACGUCGACAAGGCAUCGCAGCGUUUUGCCGGCAAUACGUCUCCAAGCUCGCCGCCUCCAGCUUCGGAUAUCCUGCCCCUCAAGCACAGCACGCCGGGCGUGACGAUACGCAUCCGCGACCGUGGCGGCGGCAUAUCGCCCGAGAACCUAGAGCACAUCUGGGACUACAGCUUCACCACGUUCAACGACGCUCAGGCCUCGUCUACGCUGGCUGGCGGGUCGGGAAACCACUCGGCCAACGGCAUGGACGCGUUGAAUGCAUUCUCGGGCGCUGGGGGCGACGGGGUCAACACGCUAGCGGGGCUGGGAUACGGGCUGCCGCUGGGAAGAGCCUAUGCCGAGUAUUUCGGGGGCGGCAUCGCAGUGCAGAGUCUCUGGGGGUGGGGCACAGAUGUCUAUCUCAGCCUGCGGGGAGUGGGAAGAGUAGACAGUGUGCAACUGGCCAGGAGAAGCGCCAAGAACCUGCGGCGAUAG